UGCCCACCGCCACAUGCUCCCCUCGCCCGACCCCGAGUCCCUCGCCGCCGCCGUCGAGCUCGCCGUCGCCAUUCGCUCCGCCCGCCUCGGACGCGCCGCCCAUGCCACCGCCGUUAAGCACCUCUCCCCUAGGCCGCUCCCGGCAUUCCUCUCCAACCACCUCGUCAACAUGUAUUCCAAGCUCGACCUCCCCACCGCCGCCGCUACCCUCCUGUCCCUCGACCCCGAUCCCUCCGUCGUCACCUGGACGGCCCUCAUCUCAGGCUCUGCCCAGAAUGGCCGCCCCCUCUCCGCCCUCGCCCACUUUGCCGCCAUGCUCCGUGCCUCUGUCCGCCCCAACGACUUCACCUUCCCCUCCGCCUUCAAGGCCGCCGCCGCCGCCCGGAAACCCCUCGUUGGCCGGCAGAUCCACGCAUCUUCCUUCAAGUCCGGUCUCAUCGAUGACGCCUUCGUGGCCUGCGGCGCCCUCGAUAUGUAUUACAAGACGGGCCUCACGUUCGACGCUCGAAUCCUUUUCGACGAGAUGCCUCAGAGAAAUAUCGUGGCUUGGAACGCCGUGAUGACCAAUGCGGUGUUCGAUGGACGGCCAGAUGAGGCAAUUAAAGCCUUCAUCAAGCUACGCCUGCAUGGAGGAAUCCCGAACACAAUCUCUCUAUGCGCCUUCCUAAAUGCCUGUGCCGGUGCGUCUUACUCGUCCCUUGGAAGCCAACUCCAUGCUUUUAUGAUCCAAUCUGGGUUCGACUUGGACGUGUCUGUCGGUAAUGGGCUCAUUGAUUUUUAUGGCAAAUGUCAUUGGGUGCACGAAGCGAGGGCGGUGUUUGAUGAAAUGCACAUCAAGAAUGACGUCUCCUGGUGCUCGAUGGUUGUGGUGUAUGCGCAGAAUGGGGCCGAAGAGGAGGCUUUUCGGGUGUAUUUGGAUGCAAGGAAAGAAGGCAUCCGUCCCACCGACUUUAUCGUCUCCAGUGUUCUCACCACUUGUGCUGGCCUCUCAGGCCUCGACUUAGGGCGGUCAUUGCAUGCUGCUGCCAUCAGGUCUUGCAUCAAUGGCAAUAUAUUUGUUGGGAGUGCGCUUGUCGACAUGUACGGGAAGUGUGGAAGUAUCAGGGAUGCUGAGCAAGCGUUUGAGGAGAUGCCAGAGCGGAACCUCAUUUCAUGGAAUGCUUUGAUAGGAGGGUACACACAGCUCGGGAAUGCACAUAUGGCCCUCACGGUGUUUGAUGAGAUGAUAGGGUGUGGUGAGGUAGCACCUAGUUAUGUAACUUUAGUUAACGUGAUUACUGCUUGUAGUAGGGGAGGACUGACAAAGGAAGGAUUAGACUUGUUUGAGACAAUGAAGGAAAGGUUUGGGAUCGAGCCCCGUUUGGAGCACUAUGCAUGUGUGGUGGACUUGCUUGGGCGUGCAGGAAUGGAAGAGCGUGCCUAUGAGUUUAUCAAAACAAUGCCCAUCAGACCGUCCAUCAGCAUUUGGGGAGCGCUACUUGGGGCUUGCAGAUUGCAUGGCAAGACUGCGUUGGGGAGGAUCGCUGCACAUAAGUUGUUCGAGAUUGACCCCCAAGACUCUGGGAACCAUGUGCUGCUUUCCAACAUGUUUGCUUCAGCUGGCAGGUGGGUGGAAGCUACAGAAGUGAGAAAGGAGAUGAAGGAUGUUGGCAUCAAGAAAGGUCCAGGAUGCAGUUGGAUCACCUGGAAGAAUGUAGUACAUGUCUUCCAAGCAAAGGACACAACCCAUGAGUUGAACGACAAAAUCCAAGCAAUGCUGGCUAAACUGAGGGGGCAGAUGCAGGCCGCUGGAUAUACGCCUGACACGCAGUACGCCCUCUAUGAUCUGGAAGAAGAAGAGAAGGAGACCGAGGUGCUCCAGCACAGUGAGAAGCUCGCGCUUGCCUUUGGUCUCAUCAGCAUUCCUCCUGGGAUCCCCAUAAGGAUCACUAAAAAUCUUCGAGUGUGUGGGGACUGUCACUGUGCCUUUAAGUUUAUAUCCGGUAUUGUUGGUAGAGAGAUUAUUGUGAGGGAUAACAAUAGGUUUCAUUAUUUCCGAGAUUAUCAGUGCUCUUGUAGGGAUUAUUGGUGAAAGUAUUGUAAUGUCUGAUGGAUAGAUAAAUUAAUUCAUCUCUGUAAUUCUAAUAU